GCGCCUGACGUCAGCGCCGGCAGCGCCUGCACAUGGGCGCGCGGCCGGGGCGCGCGGCUCAGAGCGGGCGGCGGGAGCGGCGCGGGCAGCGGUGGUGGAGCUGGAGCUGCGCGGCGGAGGGGCCUCUCCCGCUCCCCUGCUCCGGCGGCCUCCAGGCGCCCCUCGCCAGCGGGGCUCGGCUCAGGCUUGGCUCGGCUCUGCGCCCGUUUCACCGCACUUCCUAGCGGUGCCGCGAGAGGAAGGGGAAAGAACCGCUGCCGCGCAGCUGCCCCGAGGGAAAGCCCACCAUGUCGCGGCCGCUCCCGCUGAACCCCACCUUCCUACCUCCCACCUACGGGGUGCUGAAGUCCCUGCUGGAAAACCCGCUCAAACUGCCGCUCGCUCACGAAGACGCAUUCGGUAAAGAAAAAGACAAAGAGAAGAAGUUAGACGAUGACAGCACCAGUACCACAGUCCCUCAGUCAGCUUUCUUGGGCCCAACAUUAUGGGACAAGACACUGCCAUACGAUGGAGACACUUUCCAGUUGGAAUACAUGGACCUGGAAGAAUUCCUCUCAGAAAAUGGCAUUCCACCGAGCCCAAACCAGCAUGAGCAUAGCCCACACCAGUCAGGUCUCCAGCAAGCUACCUCAGCAUCACCUUCUGUCAUGGACCUCAGCAGCAGGGCUUCUACUUCAGUCCAUCCAGGCAUGGUGUCGCAGAACUGCAUGCAGAGCCCAGUCAGACCAGGUCAGAUCUUGCCAGCAAACCGAAACACACCAAGUCCCAUUGAUCCCGAGACUAUCCAAGUUCCUGUUGGCUACGAACCUGACCCUGCAGAUCUUGCUCUUUCCAGUAUUCCUGGCCAGGAGAUGUUUGAUCCUCGUAAGCGCAAAUUCUCUGAAGAAGAGCUGAAACCACAGCCGAUGAUUAAGAAAGCUCGCAAAGUCUUCAUUCCAGAUGACCUGAAGGAUGACAAAUACUGGGCAAGGCGUAGAAAGAACAACAUGGCUGCUAAGCGAUCGAGGGAUGCUCGCCGGCUGAAGGAGAACCAGAUUGCCAUCCGCGCCUCGUUUCUGGAGAAGGAGAACUCGGCUCUCCGCCAGGAGGUGGCCGACUUACGGAAAGAGCUGGGCAAAUGCAAGAACGUGCUCGCAAAGUACGAAGCUCGACACGGUCCCCUGUAAAUUCAAGGGGGGGGAGCGGGGUUUUUUUCUUUUUUCUUUUUUUUGUUUUUUUUUUGUUUUUUUGUUGCAGGUUGGCAUUUGAAUAGAUGGACAAUGUGUUUCCUGUUUGAUAGCACCACACCCAAACCAACCUUUCUGUCUUCAGCACUUUACCAGAAGCAGAAACAAAACUGACUUACGUUAUUUUUUUUGUUUGCGUAUGCGUGUACCUGCAUAUGUGUGCACAUGUGUGUUCACACGUCCGUGUAUGUGUGUGUGCUUGUGUGUGUGCAUGUGCGCGUGUGUGUGUGUGCGUGCGCACGCAUCUCAGCACUUCCCAUUUUUAUGAAGCCCUCUUCAAAGGGUGCCACAUUUUUACCUGGACUGUUGAGAACCGCCAUAGUAAGCUUUUUAUUAUAUUUUUUCAGUGCUGCUUCAGAUUAGGGUUUUUAUGUUAUUGUAACCAGUUCCAUCCUCCUGAUUUACUUGGAAAGAUCCCAGUAUAAAUUAUAAAAAAGGAAAAAAAAGAAAAAAGAAAAAAAAGUAGAUCUCAGUUUUUUCGAGAGUAACAAGCUAUUGUUUAAGUAUGUCUAAUCAGAAAAGUUAACAUGCUAAUAAAGUGCACAAAUAAUUUAGUACUACACUGCAGAAAUAUUAAUUUAUAGAUUGCUUUUGUUGUAUUUUAAGUUUUGGUGAUAAUUGUCUUCAGAUUUAAAGUGCUGUUAGACUGAUUUAGCUAUACUCAUUAUAGAUCCCAUAAUGGCUUCUCUAUAGCUAUUAAGAUUCCUUUUAUUUCCACAGACCCCAGGUAGGUAGGAGUACUGUUGGUAGACCACAGAGUGUGUAUUUUGCACUGUCUGUACCUGAAGCAAUAAUCCUAUUGUACGCUAGCGCGCAUGCUGCCCGGAUGUUCCUAGUGGACGUAGGAUGGUUUCCCUACCCAACAGGAGUUUUAAUGUCUUUAACAAAAAGUUAUAAAGUAAAAGACACAUUAACGUCAGCAUGCUAAUUGUGUCCCUGCUAUAGGGAGCGCAUGUAUAAGAAGCAGGAUAAUUAGUUGAAAUGAGAACAAAAUUAAUAGUAUCAAAUCAGAUCCAAUGUCGAAAUCUGAGGGGCUUUUCUGUUUUCAGCUAGUUAUGCAUUUCUUCAAAUUCUAUUUCAUGAUUAAAAUUGAAUAAAUACCUAAAUUCAGUUGUUUUUCCCAUGUUUUGUAAUAUAUUUUCUGUGGAUUAUAUCUUGCUGUUUUAAAAAUCACUUUUAUUCAGUUAGAAGAAGUCACUGGUUUGCAAAGCCCAUUUCUCCUAGUGAUUGUUGUUUUGAGUGUGACAUGAACUGAUGGUUCUGAACUUUAUUGUUUUAAACUCUAUUUGCUUUUGAACGCGUAUGUUCUAAUAUAAAGUGGACUUCUGAAAAAUGAAUGUAAGAGACACUGGUGUAUUUCAGAAGGGGAUGGUGUUGUCAUAUACUGUGGUUAAUCCAAUCAAUCUAAGUGUUUACUAUAGACCAAAAGAAUAGAUAUUAUAAAAUGUAUAAAGUUUAUACAGAAUAAUUAUAGUAUGUUCGUUUUGUACAGUAUUUUUCAAGUACAAAUACUGACAAUGUAUUUUGAAAGACAUAUAUAUAGCAAAAAGAAAAAGCUAUUCCAUGUUUAAAAUAUAUAGCAAAGAUAUAUAUUCUCCAUUAUUGUACAGAAAGGAAAUGCUUAGGGGUUUGUUGGUUGUUUUGGUUUUUUAAAAAAAUCUUUAAUAUUUUAAGCCUACCACUGGCACACCGGCAUGUUCUGUGCUUUAAAUUAAAUUUUUAUGGAAGUAAUAUGGCUUUCCAGGAUGUUCCAUAUUACUGAAAAAGAGAGACUUUAUUAUUUUCCAUCAGAAACACAUAAACUGUUUAAUAGGGACAAAGCACAACAUGGAUUUCAGUCAGGUAUUGAUUGGACAAUACAAUAUUUUGUAAAGGCAGAAAAAGAAUAUGUAACAUGAAAAAACUCAUAGUCAUUUCUAAUCUGCUGCUGCUGCUAGAAUCUGUUUCCAGCUGAAUUUUUUUUAUAAAUAGCUCUGUUCAUGUAUACAGUUGUACGUACUGCAUACAGUUAUUAACAUGUGAGGAAAAUAUGGUGCUACAUGUCUUGCUCACAGUUUUCUAAGUGUUUUGACAUUAUUUUCAAAUAAAAAAGGUUGUUCAUUCCAUUAAAUCAUUAUUCAUGCUUCAGGAGAUUGUUACAAAGGACUCAACAUUUUGUGCAGCAUUAAAAAUACCCUCGCAUCAAUGGCAUUUUCCCAGUAUUUUGCCUCAAACAUACCCGACUUGUCAACGUCCCUUAACGCGCAGUACUUGCCUGUGGACCAUUUAUUCAGCAAAUUGAAUUUCCGUGUGCUGCAGCAAAGUUUAAAGCGUAGUAAGUUAUUUUCUAAAGGUCAGUACGAGGCACUGGAUGCAUGGGUAGAGAAAGGAGACUUUGGCACGAGUCGGUGUACCUGCUGUCGCCGCUAUGAAAUAAACAUUUUUUUCCUUUAGAAGAAGCCUGACGGUGGCAGGGCUCAGCCAGCCACUGCCGCGGAUACACUUUUAGCAGCAACACAGCAAAUCGCCACAGCUUAUAAUCGCCCUCACGACAAUUACUCUUGGGGUGACGCUUGAACAGCAGGAGUGGUGUGCAUGAGGUCAGCUGGUACGUACCUAGCUAGCGCCAUCAGCGGGUUGCAUUGCGACCACAAAGAUUUCUUCAAAAUGUCAAAGGCAGCUUGGAAAAAAAUUACAGAGAAUUCUGUUGUGUCUUUUUGGGCAGGGAAGGGGUGGGAGAUGGUAGUUUUUGUAGGCUGGAUAUCACAGGUUUAUUGUCAGGGCCGCAGAGGAGCACAGAGGUUCUCAGCAGCUACCUUGCCCGGCAGCCCCCAAAGCUGCUCAGCCCAGCUCCUCCUGGCCCCAUCCUGCUGCGCGGGAGGCGUGCGGCUCAGGGGGGCUGAAGGGUGCUGCAGCGAGGCCGAAGGCUGCUCAGCUUCAGCCUGCGCACCCGGCUCGGGCAGGCUGGCGCCUUCUCUGGGGCGAGGACUUUCAGAGGAGCCUGUGGGACUUGGGCACUCAUGGCUUGCCGUGGGAGUUGGGUAUCCUGGCUCCUCAGAAAAGCUCACCCUUAAAGAAAAGAGAGAGGGGAAAAAAAAGGCAAAAUAUGUGGGCUAAAACUUGGGAAAAACCAGGUUCUCUAACAAGGUUGUUUCCCCAAAAUAACAAUUAAAGAAAGUUCAGCUCAUUUUCAGUUCCCGAGGAGAGCUUAGCUGGGCUCAUCACACCUCUGAUGGCUUUGUUGCUCAUGAAGGAGCUUGUAGGUAUAAGAAAUUGUAAUUUUAUAAAAAUAGAAAUAUAUAUAUUUGCAGAAUAAUUCAUAGCGUGUCUAAAUAAUUCACUGACCUCUAUUAAACCAUAAGCAUUGGUAAAAUGCUUGUCUUCUUUUUUGUUGUUUUUGCUGAAAUUUAGAAGUGAAUGCUUUCUUUUUAAAAAAGAAUGCCCUCUCAAAAUAAAUUGAAUUUGAGAUGUAUUUGUGAAUACGAGCACCUCGGGGCUCUCCGUGGGAAAGCCCGUGGCAGAGGAGGCAGAGGAAGAUUAUUUGUUUUCUUUUUUUGAAUGGUGCUAAGUCACUAAACCUAGCGCCAUGGAAAUAAAGUUCUGACUUGAAUCCACAAAAGCAAGAAAUUCAAAGUGCGAGGAAGGCUCCCGAGCGAGGCGUCGUGCCCCUUGGUUGUGCCUGCGCAGACCAGCACAAACACGCUCGGCGUGCGAGUGGGGUGAGUCCAGCCGUGCCGGAGCACCCCUAACGUUUGAGUGUCUUGCCUCUGUGGGUUUGUAAUAACCCCAAUUACUGCUUUGAGACUAUUUUUGCAUGUAAUUUACAAUAGAGAUGUGCAGUUUAUUUUUAUUUUUUCGUUGACUUUUUUUUUCUAUGUGAAGAAAAAGAAAAGUGUAUUAAAACUUACAAGUGAUCAACCAUCGUAUUUCUGGCAACACCACAAGACAGCAUCUGUUUAAUUACAAGUUUAACAAAUAAGAUCAAAUUAACUGUAUGACAUGAAAUGGAUUGCAUCCUGUAUGCUGUUCAGCCCAAUUUUUUUUUUUUUGUCUGUUAUUCUUAAUGUUUAAUAAACUUUUAAAUUUUUCUUCUCUCA